CUCACCAUCUAUACACAUCAGCCACAUCCCUUCUCUCUAUCUCUCUUUCUCUCGCUCUUCUCUCUUUCUCUCUCCGACUCUGUGGCUAAUUAAGUAUCUAUACACAUAAGAAAGAAACAAUGACGACGGAGGAGUUGACGGAGGAAGACUCGUUCUCCGGCAGCAAGGACUAUCAAGAUCCACCGCGUGUGAAGAUUUUCGAGGCGAGGGAGCUUGGGAAGUGGUCUUUCUACAGAGCAGUCAUCGCUGAGUUCAUAGCUACUCUCCUCUUUCUAUACGUCACCGUUUUGACAGUCAUCGGCUUCAAGAGCCAGACCGAUAUCAACUCCGGCGGCGGAGCUUGCGCUAGCGUCGGCCUCCUCGGCAUUUCUUGGGCCUUUGGUGGCAUGAUCUUCAUCCUCGUCUACUGCACUGCCGGCAUCUCUGGUGGACACAUUAACCCGGCCGUGACGUUUGGGCUAUUUCUGGCUAGCAAGGUGUCAUUGGUGAGAGCUAUAUCAUACAUGGUGGCUCAGUGUCUUGGAGCCACUUGCGGAGUUGGUUUGGUGAAAAUCUUCCAGUCGACUUAUUACAAUCGCUAUGGUGGUGGAGCCAAUGUCCUCGCCGACGGAUACAAUGUUGGUGUCGGUGUUGGUGCUGAGAUUAUCGGCACUUUUGUCCUCGUUUACACCGUCUUCUCUGCUACCGAUCCCAAACGGAAUGCCCGUGACUCUCACAUUCCUGUACUAGCUCCAUUGCCAAUUGGAUUUUCCGUGUUCAUGGUUCAUUUAGCCACAAUCCCAAUUACUGGCACCGGAAUUAACCCGGCUAGGAGUUUUGGAGCUGCCGUUGUCUACAACAAUCAAAAGGCUUGGGAUGAUCAAUGGAUCUUCUGGGUCGGUCCAUUUGUGGGAGCAGCCAUUGCAGCUUUCUACCAUCAGUUUGUGUUGAGAGCUGGUGCUAUGAAGGCUUAUGGGUCAGUCAGGAGCCAGCUUCACGAGCUUCACGCUUAAUUAGAGUUUGAUUUUUCAUACUACCGAUGAGGUGAAGAAAUUCUUUGUAAGGAAAGGAGGAGAAAAGAGAACCAAAUAAUAAUAAAAAGAAAAAUUAUUAAAGAUGGUCGGUGAGUGACAUUUUGUGUCUUAUUUGUGGCUUUGAGGGGAAGUUUGAGUGUGACUUAUGAACCAAUUUGUAACAUACAAGCCUGUCGAAUGUAUGUUUUUAUUUAAUGUAUAUGUUAUUUAUAUUUUCUACUUAUCAAUGCUUCUACAUAUGUAUUUGAUGUAUCAUAAUUAUAAAUUAUCUCCUUAUUUAAAGUU